AUGACCACCGCCGAAAUGAGAACUCCAUCACAACCAAUUCAAACAGGCAACAGCCCAAACAAACCAACUGGAAUAUAUUUUCAAAAGGUUUCUUCCCAAAAUUAUAAUCAGCAACAAGCUCAAGAAAAUAUUAAUAAUAACAAUAUUUUAAAUGAUCUUUUAAAACAACAACAACAACCAUCACAAUAUUCAGGGAUUGGUCAAGCUUUAUUAAAUUACAACAACAAUAUCAACAAUAACAAUAACAACAUUAAUAAUAAUAACCAAGAAGAUAAAUUAAAAAGACAGCAACAACGUAAAUUAAAUUCAUCAUCAAACUCUAUAUCAUCAUCAUCCAGACGCAGAGAAAGAAAAAUUGAUGUUACUUGUGGAAUGUGUCAACAAUCAAUCACCCAAGCUCCCACAAGAGAUACUCCAGCCACUCGUGCCACUCGUGCAACUGUAGAUAUGUGUAAAAGAUUAAAAGAAUUGAAUAGACUAACUGGUAAACUCGUAAAAGAGGAUUUUCAUUUUAUACUAAUUCAAACAACAAAAAGAACAAUUUUCAAUCAACCAAUAAAUAAACAAAUGAAAUAA